AGGGUCCGCCUGAUUAUCCCAAUUUCCACGAGAGGUUUUACGAAAAUCAGUUUGCGUGGUGCCCAAUUCAGUUUGAAAUGGAUAUGGGAACUUCAUAUAGGAACUUCAACGACAUCAUCAGCCCCUUCUUGAGGAAAGAACCGAUCCAGCCAUACCGCGAUGGUAAGGGUCCUAGAGUGAACACGGCGACGUUGUACUCCAUUGAAGUGCCGGAGGAACUCGUCGGGCUCAAGCUGCAGAAUAAAAUGGCAUCAGCCAAGAUCGAGCGUGGAGACGAAAAAACGAACAGUGGUACCAAUAGAGGAAAGAUACCGAUUUGCUUUGAAACAAUUCAAACAAUCAAAGCACGAGCACUUCGAGAACGAGAAACGGAUGUUUAUAAAUCUCGCAAACAGGGAUGGCCUGAUCCAGUACAUUGGAUGGUUCGAAAGCUACGAGCUGGAUAAUGAUAGAGGGCGGGAACUUUACUCCAACAUCGUGUUGGAACUUGCCGACUUCGACUUUUACGAAGCGAUUCGAACAAUAUCCCCCCCAAUAUCAGCCAAAGAGAUAUUGGCAUUCUGGAAGACCAUGGCGGAGAUAUCGGGAACCUUGGCCUCUAUUCACACGGUUACUAUCGGUAGCCAUCAGUAUUUGACAUGGCACGGCGACAUUAAGCCCGAGAAUAUCCUUCGCGUCAACGAUAGAUUCAAACUGGCGGACCCAGGAGAAGCUAGCAUGCGGCUGAAAUCUACCGGAACAACGGGAGACCAGAGAACAAGAGCAACAGGGGGGACACGGACUUAUGCCGACCCUGAGAAGGCCGCCUACCUGGACGGUCGGGGCUCUAAGAAGCCAGAAGUUCCGCAGACAAGCGACGUGUGGUCUCUCGGAUGCGUGCUUUCGAUCGCGGCAACAUAUGUUGUUCUGGGGACUCAGGGCGUUCUCAUCUUCAACAAACUUCGCCAAGAAGCCAUUUUCGGAAUUUCAGAAGACUCGAGUGACGCAUUUCACGAUGGGAAAGCUGUACUUGAGGAGGUCCGGCACUGGCACGACUACUUGCGCGAAGCCGCGAGAGGAAAUGACGUCUACACGUCGGCCGUUCUGGACAUGGUUGACGAGCAUAUGCUCGUCGAAAAAGACAGGUGGUCUGCGGGAACGAUUUGUCAACGGUUUGAAGAGCUGUUCAAAUCCACCCAAUCCGGCGUGUCCAGAGUACCCCAAAGCCUGCACGACUUAUUGCAGAGGAUCGACCUCCAGUCCGAACAAGACUAUCUUCAUUCGGGUAUCACGAAGGUGAAUCCGGGCGACGUGACCAAGCACAAACUCCGGGCGACGAAACUACCGUCUGCCGAGGUGGAGUUCGAGAGUCGAGAAAAGCUCCUGGAACAACCCAUUCAACCAGUGGCUCAGCGCUCACUUCACUCGCGGAAUUCAGCGACCAUCUCCCACCCAAUCGCACAAAGCUCUGUUGCACGGGAUCCUCGUAUAGCACCAUCCAACGAGCCGAAAACAUCCCAAACUUCGACUCAGUCAGCGUAUCCUGACUGGCACACUACGCAUCGCAGCCCCAUCACCGUUUGGCAGGUAAGAACAGCGCUCGACAAGAAAGGGAAGGGGUUCAAACCAAGCAUGGGAAGCUUCAGCUCCCUCAUCAGCAAGCAGCCUCGUACAGUAAAGGGCAAGGAUAUAUCGGACAACUUGGAGCAAUUGGAUCGGCGCCUCGAGACAGAAUUCAAGAAUCGCGAUAUAGUAUAUCUCGUCGACAAUGGCACAACCAUGGUUCCUCAUUGGGCACAGGUGACUUACCUCUUAGAGGUCCUUGUUUGGCGAUCUCUGGGGUAUGAUGACAAUGGGAUGGAGCUCUACUUUACGAAUCCAGACACCAAUCCGAAGGCAACGAUUGGGGGUUCACAGCAACUCAAACACUUCAGAAGGGCCAUGGAAUUGGCAAAUCCAGCUGUUGCCAAGUCCCCAGCAGAAGUAGUCGAAACUACUAUUGUGCCAGAGCUCACACGCAUCAUCAACAGCUACACGCGAGCGAAGACUUCCAAGUCUCCGCCACGCAAGAAGACCAUCAUCAUUCUAACAGAUGGCAUCUGGAAAGGCAUGAGGAUGGAACACACCAUUGACGUCUAUCUAAAAUCAACUUUUAAUGAGCUGAAGGACUUGCAUGGGGACUUGUCCUACAUACCACCAGGGAAGUCCCAUGAGCAAGUGGACAUAUCCAAGAUCCGCCCAGUCACUAUACAGUUUGUUCGGUUCGGAUACGACCAAAACGCCAUCGAGAGACUCCGACGUUUGGACGACGACAUGAGAUACUACGGCUGCCCUGAUUUGAUAGACACGGAGCCUGCGGGUGGUGACAUCUAUAAGAUGUUCCUAGGAAGCUUGUGCCAGGACAUAGACGGGCAUCCCGGUAUCGAACGGCAGUCUAGCUACACUAGUCAGCAGAGUAGCCUCCCUCCCCAGAGUAAUCCGCAAUCACCCCUGGAUUAUGGCCCAGCAGGUGCCCCUCGGACUCCAACGCGAGCAUCACAUCGAGCCAGCCAAGCUUCACCUGUUCACGAUCAGCCGUCGCCCUCUACCAUGCCGCAUCAUGAACUCCCUGCAUCGCCAGGAGACCCAAACAGCCCGUAUUUUCAUAUCCCCGUUCAGAGAUCGUCCACAAUCAAGGUGACGAAUCCGACCUCAUCACACACUUCUAUGCCAUCGGAUCACACAGGCUCCAUAUGGCCGCCGUACUCCCAUGAAGACACAGAGCAUGGGCAGUCUCCUGUCACGCCAAUGUCACCCAGCUCAUCCUCACCACCCAUUGCACCAUCCCAGUCAACUCGACAACGGCCUUAUGGAUAUAAGCCACACUAGUACUAAAGCCUAGAACUUGUGUGUGAUGGGCCAAUUGAGGUUGGAGUUGAUGUCCGAAUCUGGUACAUAAAUGUCAUUGACGACCUGAUAUAUUGGCGCUUGGAGAACCAGUUGCUUUUUGAUGAUUUCCAAGCGACAUACAUGUACAAGCAACGCACGCGCUCCUCUGCGAGGAUCUGAUACCAAAUGACUUGGAGCACUUGCAGAGUUGCAAUCCUU